GACCGUUACCCAGGCAACUUGAGCUCACUGCAGCAAUGCAGGCUGGAGGUGGUCGAAAGCGAGUCCCGAGUGCUCCUGAGGCCCGGUGUGGCUGGAAGAGGGUGGGAUCCUCAGAAUUACUGGCCAGAGCCUUCCACACCGCCAACCUGGUGGGGGGCAAGUUGGUGGUCUUUGGUGGGGUGCGGUCGGUGGACCCCCGGGUUCCGCCGCUGAACGACCUGGUGGUCCUGGAACCCUCCACCCUGGCGGUCGAGAGGGUGGUCACUGGAGGUCCACCCCGCAGCCACCAUGGCGCAGUGACCCUCCAGGACCGCUGGCUGUUGUCGGUGGGGGGCUGGGACGGGAAGAGGCGGGUGGCGGAGGUCCACGCCUUCGAUUUGGAGACGGGAGGAGGCUGGAGGGAGCUGACCCCCGGGCAUGGCAGCCAGCCUCCCGCCGGACUGAGCGGACACACCUGUAACAAGAUCUCCGAGCGAGAGUUGCUGAUCGUGGGGAGAGAGGGGGGCAUCCACAUGCAGAGGAGAUUUGCCAGUGUCUUCACACUCCACAUCGAUGCCCACGCACAGAGAUAUUGGUACAAGGAACGUGAGUCACACACAGCCUCGAGAUCAGGUCACUCCGCCAUCCUGGCCCGGAUACAUGGCCAGCGGACGUCCGGAUACAAAUUGCUGGUGUUUGGAGGCCGGAAUUCCACCGAGAUCGAGACGGUCAGGGUCUGGACUGAAGGGGAAGUGAUGCCAGACCCUCUCCACGCCCCCAGACUCACUGAGCAUCUCCGCUCGCUCAUUACCUCUGGAAUAGCUCAACCCAUGAGGCCAGGAGCCCUACGUCAUCACUCCAUGACCCUGGUGGGCCCCUUCGCUGUGCUAUACGGAGGAGAGUGUUUCAACAAGACCACAGACACCGUCUGCAACGAUCUCUUCCUCUACGACACACGCUCUCCAGGGGGAAUGUGGUUCCAUCUCCCGACCUGCGACCCAGAGAUGAAGAGGGUCGGCCACCGUGUUGUGGUGCUGGGGGAGAGUCUGUGCCUUACCGGGGGUCGAGGACGAGAUGGAAAGAGUUGCUGCCCCCAGAUCUACACUCUGGACACCAAGGGAUGA